CAAUUGAAACACCUUGCAAUCAUUCACAGUUUUAGGAUUCUUCACAUCUGAUUAAAUGCAAAAUGAACUUUGACAGGAUAAAUGAUUAAAUGAACUUGUAGAUUAGAAUUUAUAUACUACUUAUAUAGGGAAGUAUUUCAGGUUUACGAUUAUUUAAGAACUAGUGUUUAUUUCAGGAUGAUUAUAAUUCAUAUAGAGAAAAAUAUUUAUCCGCAAAAACCAUUAUGGUGUACCAUACAGACCUUGAUGUUGGUUAUUGGACCCAACAUGUAACCGAGGGUGACAUUCCACCAGGAACCUCUGGUGCUUCAGCCUUACUAAUUGCAAGUAAAAUGUAUAUAUUUGGAGGGCAUACGGAGGAAGGCAACACAAAUGAAUUAUACUGUUUAGACUUACAACAGCUGACAUGGAAACGUAUAAUACCAGAAACAGAACUGCUACCAAGUCCUAGAGAUAAAUUUACAGCUUGGUCUUAUAAUAACAAGUAAAUCUUUGUAGAAAAGUAUUUUUGCAAAAGAUAUAUUUUUGGGUUUAUUUUCAAAGCUUAAUACUAAACAGGUGUUUAAAGCAUACAUAAAAAUUAACAUUUAUUUAUUCUUAUUGCAUGGUUUGGAACUUUUCCUUUGUUCUUACUAACCCAUUAUACUCAGUACACUUCAAUGAGCAUUUGAAAACUGUAUUGAUGUAGAGCAGUACAGUUUUUUCAUUGAUUCUAAUUUCAUGUAGGAAAAAACUCGACUGCUAUAUAGUGGUUGAGUUUUUUUUCCGCACCUUGUAUAUAUCAAUACAGGUUUUUUCACAGAGCAAUGGGGCAGUGGUAACGAACAUUCCUAGUAGCAAAAAAAAAAUGGAAUCAAUAAAAUAAAAUAAAUAAAUACAAUGAAAAAUAUAAACAAAGAUAAUUAAUGAAAUGAAAUUUUCUCUCAUUUAAUCAAAAGGUACAUCCGCUGAAUGAAUUAUUUCCAAUGAAAAAAAAGCCCUUUAAUCUUGAAUCAAUCUUGGUAACAGUUUACAAUCCGCCUCUAACAUUGGAUGUCUUUCAUAUAUCUUUUUUUUUUGCAGCAGCGAAAACAACUU